AUGGCGGCAGUGGCGGAGUCGCCCGUGGCGAUGGCCGCGGCAGGGGACGAGCCGCCCGUGGAGGUUGCGACGGCGGCGGCUGAGUCGCCUGUUGCGGCGGCGGCGGUGGCGCUCUUGGAUACAUCGCGCCCUUCCCUCGAGAUCGGCCGCCAUGGAGACCGAUGGCCAUGGAGGGCAGAGGCCAUCGAGGAAGCCCGCCGCUUCAAGUUCCUUCCGCCUGCACUUUAUUUAUUGCUUCUCUUCAUUCCUCCGCCGAGUGGGAUCCAACGUCAACCAUGCCGAGGCGCGCGGAUGGGGCUGCAGCAAGAGCUCACUACCUUCGCCGCGCCGGCGCCGGACGCCGCCAGCCCUGCAGUCUUCAAACAACCCUACCGUGACGAUUUCCUGAGGUUCUACAUCCACCACUUCAAGCUGGGGAUAUGGUCAAGACUCAGGUGCUAA